AUGAAGCUACUGUUACCGGUUCUCCUACUCGCAAACACUGCCGUUGCGCAAGGUUCGGCUCGCCAGCCACCCAACGGACCACCUGUCAGACAUCCUGGUCCUCCUGGAGGCGGACAGCCAGGGAGACCACCUUCAUCCACAGGUCAUCCGUCUCCUCCAGCGCCGACAGACCCGAGCGGUCCGCCUGCACCACCCACAGGACCCGGCGGUGAUGACUUCAAUCCAUUGGAGCACCUUGGAGCCAACAGCCCUUGGUUUCCAGGUCCAAACGUCUUCGGGAUCCCAAGGUCCGCCCCAGAGGGAUGUGCUGUCGACCAGGCUGUUUACAUCUCGCGUCAUGGCAGUCGCUAUCCCGAUCCUGGGGCCUAUAACGGAUGGUUGACUCUUCACGACAAAUUACAAAAUGCUUCUUUCACUGCCAGAGGCCCAUUGGCGUUCCUACCAGACUGGGAGCCGGUGCUUGAUGAGCCUGAUCAGCAGCUAGCUCAACUUUCUCCUGGAGGCUACGAGGAACUUUAUACGUAUGGGGUUGAAUUGAGGACCAGGUACCCCGGCUGGUAUAAGUACGGAUCACCAUUCCGCGUCUUCUCGAACGACUAUCAAAGAACGGUCGAUUCAGCCAGGUUGUUCGCACGAGGAUACUUGGGCCCAAACGCCACUACCCUCGGCACGGUUCAUCCCAUUCUCGCCUCCGAUCCCUCCGUGAUCGCUAAUUCUCUGGCAACCUCGGAUUCGUGUCCUACCUACAACGACCGAUCUGGAGCAGGAUAUGCCGAUGUUUGGGACAGCAUCUACCUUCCUCCUAUCGCCGAACGUCUCAAUCAACUCAUUGACGGCGAUCUCGAGCUCACGCCGGAUAAUGUGUCCAAUUUCCCCUACCUAUGUGGUUUCGAGUCUCAGAUCACGCGUCGAAGGUCACCGUUCUGCGAUGUCUUCACUCCCGAAGAGAUCCUUCAGUACGAGUACCGGCAAGAUCUGAGAUACUGGUAUGGCACAGGUCCGGGGAGUUUCAACAAUGCAUCGGUGAUGCUCCCUGUGAUUGAAGGAGUGGUCGAUCUGCUCAAGUCCGGUCCAGAGACACCUGUGGAGGGCGCCUCGUCCGGCCCAAACAUCACAGGCCCAUUGACAGUGGCAUUCACUCACGACAACCAAAUCAAUCAGCUAGUCUCUAGUCUUGGUAUCUUUGACGAGCAGCCCGCCUUGACAGCAGACUCUAUGAACAGCUCUCGCAUCUAUGUGAGCAGUCGCAACAACCCUAUGCGAGGCACGGUCACGUUCGAGCGCAUCAAUUGCUCGGGCGAGUUGUAUCUGAGGUUGCUGCUGAAUGACGCCGUGUACCCUGUGCCGUCUUGCAGAUCAGGACCUGGAUCAUCGUGUCCUCUCGAUCAGUACAACGAUGAAGUUCUUGCAGGAAAGUGGGAGAAAGCAGGCACGUUCGAGUCCUUCUGUGAUUUGGAAGAGGGGAGUGUCACUACCUCGCCAGAUGGAGGCGUCACUUUCUUCACUGACCUGACGCUGCCUGCUAUAAGAAGUGUCCAGCCAUAG